AUGUAUCUGAUCACUGUAUUUGGGAACCUUCUCACCAUCCUGGCUGUCAGCUCAGACUCCCACCUUCACACCCCCAUGUACUUCUUCCUCUCCAACCUGUCUUUUGUAGACAUCUGUAUCACCUCCACCACCAUCCCAAAGAUGCUGUGGAACAUCCAGACAGAGAGCAAGCCCAUCACUUAUGAAGGCUGCAUCAUCCAGGUGUACUUUUACUUACUCUUUGCAGCAUUAGAUGACUUUCUCCUGACCGUGAUGGCCUAUGACCGCUUCGUGGCCAUCUGUCACCCCCUGCGCUACACGGUCAUCAUGAACCCCCGGCUCUGUGCGCUGCUGGUGCUGGUGUCCUGGAUCCUGACAUUCUCCACCUGUGCAUCUCACCUCUUGGUUGUCUCCUUAUUUUAUUGUUCAGCCUUAGGAGUGUAUCUUAGCUUCACUGCUACCUACAGCUCACACACGAGUGCUAUAGUAUCAGUGAUGUACACUGUGGUCACACCCAUGCUGAAUCCCUUCAUCUACAGUCUAAGAAACAAAGACAUAAAGAGGGCUCUAAAAAGAUUUUUUGGGAUGGAAAUGUUUGUAAAAGGGCCAUUUGCCCUUGGGCUGAAGAACUGCCCAUGA